AUGGAUCUUAAUAAUCCUAAUUACGGAAGUGGUUCCUCUCAAAAUAAUCCAAAUAACCAAUCUUCCAAUUCUCCAAAUUUUCAAAGUCCCCACGGGAGUAACACUAAUGUAAGGGCAGAAAAAUGGGGUGCAAAAGAAGAUGAUGCCCUCGUUUCGGCUUGGGUAGAGCGUGCAGUUGGAGAUCCAGAGACGGCAACUGAUCAAAGUUUGGCGGUAAUGUGGAGGAACAUAAAAUCCCUUUAUGAUCAAGCUAGAGAAGAAAAUCCAUCCACCAUGCGCCCUAGAACUUUAAGAUCUAUUAAAAGUCGGUGGGCAAGAAUAAAUAAAGAUGUGAGUAUAUGGGUUGGUUGCUAUAGUGAAGCAAAAAAAAGAUAUAUGAGUGGUACCAACACUCAUGAUGAAAUGACCGAAGCUCGUGAAAUAUAUAGAGGAACAUGUAAUGUUUCACGCUUUGGUUUAAUUGGUUGUUGGGAGAUGUUGAGAGAGUUAGACAAAUGGAAGCCAAUAGCCCUGGAUUUACCUUCUAGUGAUGGUGGCAAUUCGAAAAGAUUAGAGCCAGAUACUCCAACUGAUGAAGGUCCAAAAACUCAUACUCGUCGUCGUCGUCCUGACGGGGUGAAAGCAUCUAAAAGAAAAGGUAAAUCUGUUUUCAAUUCUGGAAUUCAAAUUGGUGGUAGUUCUGAAAUUAAAAAUUUAGAGUCGUUUACUCAAGCCCUAUCAGAGAUGAAUGUAAUGAAAGGUCAACACAAAGAUGUUGAUGAAAGGCGAAUUGAUGUAGCAGAACGUAUGCUAGAGUGUCAGAAGGAGCGAGAUGCCAUCAAAGCUCGGAAGAAACAAGAAGAAAAAAGGUUCAAGCUAUUUAGUGUCCUUCUUGCAAAACCAAUUCUAUCUAAAGAAGAAAAAGAAAUAUAUCUAAAAUUAAAGCAAGAAUUUGCACAUCUUCUAGGCUAG